CAGUGAGUGAGCGAGAAAGAGAGAGAGAGAGAGAGAGCGAAAAGAGAGCAAGAGGGAGAGACAGUACAGAGAGCCACUGUUUUUAAGCAGAGCUCCACUGCCAGACACCACUCAGCCAUCUACCACUACACACCCUCACACAUACUUGCUCUCACCAUACAAGAGCCCAAAACACGUCAUAGCAUCAUCCUCUCAAACCUAAAAAACAAAAACGAAGAGAAAAAAAAUACCACGGCAGCUCUGGGGAGGCUGGGUCGAGGCUGGAGAGGGCAACUGAAGAAUGGAAUGGAACCUCAGAAGAAUGGAAAGUGAACUGAGACACAUCAACCCAGACCUGCUCCAGCCCAGCAAGAGCUUCAAGAAGCCCUCGUCAGGCACUAUCACCCUAAACGUAGGGGGCUUCCUGUAUACUGCUCAUAGGACCACUCUUGCGAAGCACCAGGGUUCCUUUCUGGAAGAAUUGGCCAACGGUAAGAAACCCGUCCAGCACAUGGAUUCAAUGGGAAACCCAUUUAUCGACAGAGAUGGUCCAGUUUUUCGACACGUGCUCAACUACCUCCGAACUGGAGAGCUCCAACUUCCAGACGAUUUCCGGGAAGCCGGGCUCCUUCGAAAGGAGGCAGAUUUUUAUCGUCUAGUCGAACUUGUUGAAGCCGUGGCUGAGUGGGAAAGUCAAAGGGCGGCGCAGCGGGAGCCUGCAUUUUUGGAGGUGACGGAUAGCCAUGAGAGGUCACAAGGGCUCAAAGUGUACUGCAGUGAUGCCACAUUCAUCGACAAGGUGAAAAGCCGUCUGGUGCAGAUCUCCAAAAGCCGCUUAGAUGGCUUUCCAGAAGAAUUUGAGGUGUCAUCAAACGUGAUCCAGUUCAGACAUUUCAUCAAGUCGGAGCCUGGCUCACGGCUCGUGCUGAAGGAGGACAGCACAUUCUUGUGCACACUUGACUGCCUGAAACUCGAGACGGUGAUGCUCGCCCUGAGAUCGGGCUUCAGGCUGGCCACCAGCCUCGACAGCAGCAAAGGCUCCAUUGUGGCAGCUGAGGCCCUGCAUUUUGUCAAGUAGGCUGGCUGGGAGAUGGAAGAAAAGAAGAGAGGUGUGACGGCAAGCGGUCGGAAAAGAAGUAGUGCCUGAUUCCAUAUCCACCACUCCAACAUUUGAUAUUGGCUUGAGGGUCUUGUAAUGUGUGCUGAGCUGUGAUUUGUCAUUGGUGGGAAAAGAAAACAACAGGCAGACUGUGCUUUCUUGUUGUGUUUAUAUAAUCAUUGUAUAAUGCUGGCUCACAAUCAAAGCAUUUAAUUAGCCUGGGGUGAUUCUGGUUCCAUUAGCUACAGGGACGCUAUUUUGUUAUCAACCUUUUUGACUUUGACAACAAUGAAUUGAUCCAGGCCAGUUGGCUAUGUUUACACCCAAAGUGCGACCCUGUCACAGUGACCACAUCAAAAUACAUGGCUGGUGAAAAAACCAUGGACCGCUUUAUCUGCACAAUUUCUGCUUCUGCUGCUUUUUCAAUUGGUGCAGAGCCCUCAAAACCAGCCAUGGUAUGCACCACUGUGCCAAUUGAGCUUUUACUACAAUGUUUGUGUUGCAAAAUGUGUGUACUUGGUUUAAUUGCUCAUGCAUUGUCCUUAAACAGGUCGGGCCACGCUAAUCAGAAUGGCAAACUGUUUCAUGUUUCACUGCAUCAAGCUGAGUUUUAGUGCAAACAGCAGUGACUGUUGUAAGGGCUUUGAAUUGAGCAUGAUAUGCGCGCACUAAAUUUAUUUUGUGUUGGUGCGGUGUGCCUUUGUGAAGUCAGUGUAUCAGCAGUGACUGCGACUUUUCAAUGUGAACAUUUUAUGAAUAAAAUGAAGCUGGCGCCUUCUGUGCAAG